GCCGCAUCCAGGCAUCCGGUUCAUUGCAGACUCGUGGAUUGUGCCUGAACCCGUCACGCCUCCUGGAAAUCCUCCAUUUCACUCCUAUCCCAUCCUCUUGCAUCGUCUGUUUGCGUGCUUGCAGUGAUUUACGUGUUAUAUGUGUUAAAAACAUCGUAUAAGGACUCGUUAGGCACAGUGGGGAAGAUUCUUGUUGGCAAUAACCUCACUUCGUUUUCUUCUUCGCCCCUUUCGCUGCAGUCUUUGUCUAGUUAAGCCUUUAUCAAGGAUCCGCGUGUACUUCUCACUCCUCGAUUCCUGCGAUUCUUAGGGGUCAAUACAUAUCGUUCUCUUUUUCUUCGUCGCGUUUUCGCCAUGACGACCGCCGUCGCUGUCGGCACCCCCCUAGCGGAUGCUCUAAGCAAUGUUAUCCAACCGAAACUUGUGGAAAUGGGCUGGAGCUCGGAAGGAGGCGACGAUUCUGCUUUAACGGAAUACGUGAUUCUGAUGCUGGUCAACGGCAAGACCCAGGAGCAGAUCGCCGGGGAACUUUCGAAUGAUCUUCUCGGUUUGGGAGAAGGGGACACGCAGGCUCUUGAUUUUUCUAGGUGGUUGUUUGAACAGGUCGAGUUGCUAAAUAAGCAAAUAAAUGGUGGUGGUGAUGCCGGCCCAAGCGUGGAUGGAAACGUGUCUGGACAGCCUGGCUCAACGCAGGCAAUCCCUUCGCUUACGGAUCAGGGAGCUGCUGAUUCUCAGCCGGUUGCGAUUAACGGCACUGCUCAAGAUGAUAACGGACAUCCGGAGACCGAAUCUAUACCCACUGGACCUAAAGCGAUGCGCAAUGGACGGCAAGGUGGUAGAGGGAGAAUGCUUAAUCAGAUCAACAGAGCGUUGGAUAGGGGACCUGAUACGCCUCUACACCGAAUUCGGGGACAACCGGGCGCUGGACGAGUGAAUACUCACGGCCGAGAUUCCAGAGGGGCUAGGUCUUAUCAGAAUGGCGGUCGGAUGGGUGGUGGCAGAGCAGGGGGUAUGGGCAUGCCGAUACAGUCUGGCACAGCUGCCGGCAAUAUGAUGCAAAUGAGUCAGCAGGAUCAGAUGCAUCUCAUGGCCCUUCUAGAGGAGCAGGCAAGGAUGAUGGCGCAGUUUAUGCCUGGCAUUGUUCCUCCAGCGAUUAAUCCGGCUUUUCAGCAACAGAACUCCCACCAGCAUGGCCGGUCGUUGUUCGAACGCGUGGAGCGGCACGGACCGAAACCGCAUGGUUCUUUCGCCCAGCGUGCCGCGCAGCAUGGACUAUCUGUUCAGCAGCCACAUGAAGGAGGAGCUGCCGAUGCGGGCGCGGAUGCGAAGCCUGAAUCAGCCCCUGAACAAGGCGAGCAACAGGAUGAAAGCAACACUGAUGUCGCCUGCCGCUGGAAUUUAAGAUGCACCAGACCGGAAUGUCCAUUCGCACACCAGUCACCUGCUGCCCCCGAGGGCACUCCUAUCGACAUUACUGACAAUUGCCCAUUCGGAGCAGCAUGCAAAAACAAAAAGUGUACCGCCCGUCAUCCGUCGCCUGCGGUUAAGUCAGCUCACCAGGCCGAGGAACUGUGCAAGUUCUUCCCUCACUGCGCAAAUCCUCAUUGCCACUUCAAACACCCGAGUAUGCCACUCUGCCGUAAUGGAGCGGAUUGCUCUGUUCCUGGCUGCAAAUUUACACACACUCAGAUACCCUGCAAAUUCCACCCUUGUCUCAACCGGAACUGUCCAUACAAGCAUGUCGAGGGCCAGAAAGGUGCCUUCUCUGAUAAAGUAUGGACGGCAGAUUCUGCACAAAAGAACAAACCCCAUGUGAGUGAACGGAAGUUCGUCGCAGACGACGAUGGCCCCGAAGAGUUGAUCAAGCCUGGCGCCACUUCCACCGAAGGUACUCAGAGCCAGGAGCUCGUGACGUGAGGGAUGCUCGAUGAAUCUCUCUCAUUUUUUGCUUGCUUGCACUUCGCCAAUUUAAUAACGAUCAAGAUAGUGACGUAUUGGGAGGGGGGGAAAUAUUACAGAUUCCCGUUGAUUUUUGUCUUCUCUUUCUUUUCCAUGUACGGUUUAUUAUCUGGGCUGGUAGGAAAAAGGCGUUCAUAGCGAUUGCUUGGUUUUCUUAUUUCAUAACUCCGACCCUGUAAAUAGAGCCCAAGGGUAAGGCCCAUUGUGCCAACUGAUUUUGAACCAUCUACAAGAUCAAUUUUUAUACCCAGGUAGUUUGUUCCUGUAGGACUGCUGUAAUAGAAAUACGCCGUAAUCUUACGGCCUCG